AGCUUAUAACUUUACCACCAAACUUUUCUAGUACGAGAAUGAUUAUGCAAUUAUAUCGGUCCAAUUUAUUUUCUCUUCCGAAAUUUCAAAAACAAGUUAAAGUUCAUGUUAACAAUAAUAUAGUCAUAGCGCGUUUAUCGGCUCGCUAUCGAUUUAGUUCAUUGCAGCCUAAAUCUUUUCGAACUGAAGCGACGUACGCUUUUCCGUUCACAACUGCAACGACAACUACGAAAAUAACUUCCCAUUUACGAUUUAUUACCCAAAAUAGUAAAUUUUUUAUUAUCAAUUAUAAUGCAUUUUUUCGUAACUCAUUUAAACGGCAGCAACAACACAUACAUAUACCAUCAUAUCCACUAAUAAAACGACAACAAACAGCAUUUCAAAUAGCAUUUAAGCAGGCAGGGCGAGAAUUUCUUCGUUUUCUUAAAUAUUUAUUUAUAAGUUUAUUAUCUACGGUACUAAUCGGUUUAUUAUCAUGGAGGGGAUAUCAUUUUUAUAUUGAACAUUUUUUGCAUCCAACACCCACAAAAUUAUCACGUACAGCAAGAGAUUGUUUGAGAGGAGCCUACGUACGCACAAAUUUAUCACCUGAUUCACAUAUGGCAGAAAUCUAUUUAAGACAAGCACUUCAAAUUGUACUUGAAAAAGACAAAUUAGAAAUAAAUGAUCCCAUCGUUAUCGAUAUUUUGCAAUUAUUAUGUGAUAAUUUUGUUUGGAGGGGAAGCUUACAUGAUGCUAUUAUGCAAUAUAAACAAAUCUUGGAAUUAUUAUUACAGCAACCACAAAAUGAAGGAAGAGAGAUUGAAAUUGCAAAGAAAUUGGGAGAUUUAUAUAUAAGAGUUAAAGAAUAUAAUACGGCGGAAAAAUAUCUUGUGUGGGCAAUAGGUUUAUUACAAGGAAAUAAAGUUGAAUUAUUUAAUGAAAAUGAUGAAUCAGUGGAAUUUACUUCAACUUCGAUAUUUACAAAUUCGUCAUUAAUUAACAAAGAUUUUAUAGCGAUAACAGAUUUACUUGCAAGUAUAUAUGCAAAACAGAGGAAGUAUGAUUAUGCUCUAACAUUCUAUUUAGGAUUACUUAAGAUGAUACAAGAAAAACAAAAAAUAGACGACUUUACAUUGAAAUGUUGGGAGGCAAUAAUUAAUUGUCAUUUAGGAGAAAUUUUUUAUGAUAUUGGAAAAUAUGAUGAGGCUUUGGGUUGGUUACAAAAAGGGUUAUCUAUAGCUAAAAGUAAUAGUGGAAAUAAAGAUUGUGAUGAAUGUGCUGGAGUUAUUCUUAAUAAUCUUGGUUUAAUACAUGAAAGAAAAGGAAAUAAUGAAUUGGCUAUUUCUUUAUAUACUAAUGCUAUAGAAUUUGCUGAAAAAGCACAGGAUUUUAUUGGGAUUGAAGAUUUCGCUAGAAAUUUAAAUCGUGUUCAAUUACAAGAUAAUGAAAUUAUCAAAGAACAAAAGAAAUAAAAUCAUGUAAACAAAGUUUCGAAGUUCGAAUA